GAAACUGUGCAAACCAUGGCCUUAAAUUCAUUUUAUCGUUGAAGAUAUCGCUAUCAGUGUGAUUAAUAUCCUUCGUGGUAUUGUUCGAUUUUUUGCUCUUCUUUCCGCCGUUAGUUAAUAAUUAUAUUUUAGAAUAAUGUCGAGUACCACUGGAAAGGUAAUCAAAUGUAGAGCUGCUGUGGCAUGGGGGAGCAAACAGCCUCUCGCACUGGAAGAAGUCGAAGUUGCACCUCCAAAAGCUCAUGAAGUUAGAGUAAAAGUUGUAGCUGUGGCUUUGUGCCACACUGAUGCUUAUACUAUGAGUGGGUUAGACCCAGAAGGGAGUUUUCCUUGUAUUCUUGGUCAUGAAGGCAGUGGUAUUGUUGAAAGUAUUGGAGAAGGAGUUACAGAAUUUAAACCUGGUGAUCAUGUGAUUCCAUUAUAUAUUCCCCAAUGCAGAGAAUGCAAAUUCUGCAAACAUCCAAGUACAAAUUUAUGUGGCAAAAUUCGUGCUACGCAAGGUAAAGGUGUAAUGCCUGAUGGUACUUCUAGAUUUACCUGCAGAGGUCAACUCAUUAGUCAUUUCAUGGGUUGUUCUACUUUCUCUGAAUAUACUGUAGUGGCAGACAUUUCUCUUGCUAAGAUUGAUCCUGUUGCACCACUUGAUAAAGUAUGUUUGCUAGCAUGUGGAGUAUCUACUGGAUAUGGUGCUGCUCUGAACACUGCUAAUGUAACGCCUGGAAGUUCAUGUGCUAUAUGGGGAUUGGGUGCAGUUGGAUUGGCAGUUGCAUUUGGUUGUAAGCAAGCUGGUGCCAAUCGUAUUAUUGGAAUAGAUAUCAAUUCAACUAAAUUCGAACUAGCUAAAACGUUUGGAUGUACUGAGUUUGUUAAUCCUAAGGAUCAUGAUAAACCGAUUCAGGAAGUGCUGAUAGAAUUAACUGAUGGUGGAUUAGAUUUUACUUUUGAAUGUAUUGGUGAUGUGAAUACAAUGAGAGCUGCAUUGGAGUCUUGUCAUAAAGGUUGGGGUACAUCCGUUAUAGUGGGUGUAGCUGCAGCUGGUCAAGAAAUCAGCACCCGUCCAUUCCAACUGGUAACGGGACGCGUGUGGAAAGGAACUGCGUUUGGUGGAUGGAAAUCUAAAGACAGUGUUCCUCAAUUAGUACAAGAUUACAUGGCAAAGAAGUUACUUCUCGAUGAAUUUAUUACACAUACUCUUCCUUUUGAAAAGAUUAACGAGGGAUUCGAGUUAUUGCGCUUAGGCGACUGCGUAAGAGUAGUGCUCAAAUACUAAAAAAAAAUUUUUACUGGGUUUUAUAUUGUUUAUAUUUCAACUAUGGCUUGAACACAUCUAAUGUUUUGUAAUACUCUUUACAAAUAAAGUUAAUAUAUUUCUUUAUGAA